GCAAAAGGUUACAUUUAUGUUGCACGUGGUGCGAUUUUAAAUCCGUUUUGUGGCUUCUUUGUAGCCAAGUGUUUACAUACUUGUCUGUGGUGUCUUUUUAAAAUGUUCGGCUCAGUUAAUGUUACAGCAUUCGGAGAAUUGCUUUAGUAUGAUGUAAAUGUUAUAUAUCUAAUGUAUUAUUGUUUAUAAAAUAAGUGUUUAGUCAUUUAGAGCGUUAAUUGUAAAUCUUUGAGUUUGUUCAUUCGCGUGCGGCCUGCGUGUGGACGCAGAAGCUAACAAGCUCGAGCACAGAGCUAAUAUUUUUCUCUCACGCAGCUCAAAUAUUUAAUUUUACAGGUAACAGAAGCAACAUUAAAACGACAUUAUUAUAGCUGUAUUUUCUAACUGUUUAAACAACAUCCUACUGUUAAAACCUGACUGAUAUAAAACCACCAGCGGUAGCUGCGUAGCUAAACAUUAGCAUUAGCUGCGUGACAGCGAGCUUGACGUUGUGUGGACGCAAGACGGUUAAAAUAUAACAGGGUUAACUAAAUAACAACGGCGUUACAUUGAGAUAUUUUGGUUUACCGUGUUCGGUAUGUGAGUUUCGUGAACUAUGGACUUUCGGUUCACUUAAGCUAACUAAAGUGCGUUUACGUUGUCUCUAAUUUUAACCAGAUACCACAGCUGUUUAGCCAAAGUGCCGCUGCACCUGUUUUACAAGCACAACAUCAGUGAAGUCAUCUUAUUAAUGCAUUUGAAAUCUGUAAAUACCUGCGUGUGAGUUAAUAUGGGGCCUAUCGUGUUGACUUUGUGCCAGCUGCUGCUGCUGCCAUCAUUACUGUGGUCAGUUUUUACAUUUAAUAAGGUGGAAAACCUUUGAAAUCGUUUAUGUUGACUAAUUGGAGAGAAAGGAAUGGACAGAAUAAUAGAAAAGACUAACACUGGCUUCCUGCUCCCUGGUCUGUGAAACUUUCCUUGUGCAGAGGAGGGAUUCACUCAUUUAUGGAAGGAUAAUUGAAGCUAAUCUUCCUGCUUAUAAUAUCUGUGACCUGUUGCUUGAGUGACAUUGACACUGAGAUGUUCCACAAGAGACUUGCAUAUUGAGGAACAAGGAACUGGUGAAAAAUAUCGCUUUAACUUUUUUUUCGUGCGCUUUGGACACUGAGAAAGCUGUGGGAAGGACAACUUGCAAAUUGUUUUGCAAGCCCAUUAAAAUAAAGUAUUAUCUCCACUGUUGUUUAUUGUCACUCACUGUUUGGAAGAGAGAAUAUUUAAGUCAUGAGUACAGCCAGAAUGGAGAAUCCAGUGAUUCUGGGACUGUCGAAUCAAAAUGGCCAAAUGCGAGGCUCGGUGAAGCCAGCGGGUGGUCCUGGAGGAGGUGGAGGUGGGUCCCAAACAACGCAGCCAGCCCAGGUCAAACCCUCCAGCACAGUCAACAAUGGCAACUCCCAGCCUGCACCAACAGCCAACACUAUUAUCAAGCCUGGGGAUGACUGGAAGAAGAAUCUAAAGCUUCCUCCAAAGGAUUUGCGCAUGAAAACUUCAGACGUGACGGCGACCAAGGGAAACGAGUUUGAGGAUUACUGCCUGAAACGGGAGCUGCUUAUGGGCAUCUUUGAAAUGGGCUGGGAGAAACCGUCACCUAUACAGGAGGAGAGCAUUCCCAUUGCGUUGUCUGGGAGGGACAUUCUGGCCAGAGCCAAGAACGGCACAGGAAAAAGUGGCGCCUACCUCAUUCCCUUACUUGAACGCAUUGACCUGAAGAAAGACAGCAUACAAGCGUUGGUUAUUGUGCCCACUAGAGAACUGGCUCUACAAGUGAGCCAGAUAUGUAUCCAGGUCAGCAAACACAUGGGCGGGGUUAAGGUCAUGGCAACUACAGGUGGAACCAAUCUCCGUGAUGACAUCUUGAGACUUGACGAAACAGUGCAUGUUGUCAUUGCCACUCCAGGAAGAAUUUUAGACCUCAUCAAAAAGGGAGUGGCCAAAGUCAAUCAAGUACAGAUGAUCGUGUUGGAUGAGGCAGAUAAGCUCCUGUCACAGGACUUUGUACAGAUGAUGGAGGAGAUUCUGAGCUCUUUGCCCAAACAAAGGCAAAUUUUGCUGUACUCUGCCACCUUCCCACUGAGUGUGCAGAAGUUCAUGAACACCCAUCUGCAAAAGCCCUAUGAGAUAAACCUGAUGGAGGAGCUGACCCUGAAGGGUGUUACUCAGUAUUACGCCUAUGUCACUGAAAGGCAGAAAGUCCAUUGCCUUAAUACUCUGUUCUCCAGGCUCCAGAUCAAUCAGUCUAUAAUCUUCUGCAAUUCAUCACAGCGAGUGGAGCUCCUGGCAAAGAAGAUCUCUCAGCUUGGAUACUCCUGUUUCUACAUUCACGCCAAGAUGAGACAGGAACACAGAAACCGCGUGUUCCAUGAUUUCAGAAAUGGCUUAUGUCGAAAUCUUGUCUGCACUGAUCUCUUCACAAGAGGAAUUGAUAUACAAGCUGUGAAUGUGGUGAUCAACUUUGAUUUCCCCAAACUUGGGGAGACGUACCUCCAUCGCAUUGGCAGAUCUGGCCGAUUUGGACACUUGGGUCUCGCCAUUAACUUGAUCACCUAUGAUGACCGCUUUAACCUGAAAGGUAUUGAAGAACAGCUGGGUACUGAAAUCAAGCCUAUUCCCAGCAGUAUUGACAAGAGUCUAUAUGUGGCCGAGUACCACAGUGAGAGCGGAGAGGAGGUUAAACUGUGAGCAGGAGAGAUCACCAAUCUUUAGUCCUCUAUCCCCACCUUUUUUCCUUCCCUACUGUGUCUAGGGAAUAGGGGACUUUUUUUUUUUUUUUUUUUUUCCUCUUUAAACUAUAUCUUCCGUCUGUCUUCCUCUUCCCCCACUUUUUUUUUUUUGCUUUCUUUUUUGGUGCCACCACAAGGAAUGUGAUGUUGCGACGGCCCAAUAAUCGGGAAGGACUCAUGGCCUAAUAAAGGACUGCUGCAUUGAUAUUUUCAUCCUGAAGACUUCAGAUUUCUUGAGGAGGGAAAGAGGGGACAUGAGGAUGUAUCACCCAAGAAAAAAACGACUACUCAUCGCCUGCAAGCACAUUCUCACCCCACUCUCUGUUCCUCUGCUCAUCUUCAUGUUUCUAGUCAUUUGAAACAAGUGCCUUAACAAGCAGUCUAACUUGUUCAAAAAGUAAUAACCUGAUUUUUUUUUUUUUUUUUUUUUUUUUUUUCCCUCAUGACUCUUCAUUUUAAGACAUGGUGUUUUUCUCUGGCUUUUGGUAUUGCUUGUCUGCCCCCUCCUGUUUGACAUCAGAAGAAUAGUUUUGCAUUUGCUACCUGUAGAUUUUUCGGGGCAACGAAGAACAGGAUUUCACAGCGGGAGAGAGGAUGGGGUGGCAUGUGUGAUUUGUGCAGUCUCUGACAUAUUUGACUAUGGUGUGAAGAGAAGCCCCCUGGAGAACUGAGAUGAUAUCAGUGGGCAUAAUGACAAUAAUAGGGGCUAAUGUUCCUGUGGCAAGCUUUCAGAAAUCCCACAAGGCUCCCAAUGGCUUUUUUCCUUCAUCCGCUCAUGGAACAUGCCAUGCCUCUAGAGACCCGUAUCUCUUUCCCCCUCUGUCUUCAGUGGGCCAACACUAAGAGACUUGACCAGACUCAGACCAGCCUUUCUCCUUGGCCAUGAGGACUCCCGCUUCGAGACGAAUGUGGACUUCUUUGUCUUUUUUUGUUUCUUUUUUUUCCCCCUUCCCUUUCCUCCUGAUUUGUGCAAUUUUGCAUUCUUAUUGGGUGGGCACUCUGUCCUAAAUGUGCCAUUUAUACAGAUCUGGCACAUUGUAAACAUUUUGUAAAUACUUCAUUUACUUUUUUUUUUUUUUAAAUUGGAUUGUUUUAAAACGAGCUAAAAAGGCUGGAUGACCAUUUGAGAAGAAUGUUGGAAAGAUCUUUUUAAAAAAAAAAAAAAAUCAGGAUUCUGUCAGCACUGGGUGGCACUAUUUAGCUUAUGCCCCCCCCCCCUUUUUUUCCCCUUUGGGAAAUGAGUUUAGCAGAGUUUACCAGUUUUGUUAUAACAAAAAAUUGGGCUUGUUUUAAAUCCAAAAAUACCUUGUUUAAAGUUGUGUGUGCAAGCUUCUAAGCAUUUCAGUAGGUGUUCAGUAGCACUUGUUCACUCUAAAUUAUUAACUCUCAUCCUUUACCCAGUGUUGACAAAAGUUCCUGACAUGGGUUACUCAAAUAAAUGGCCUCAUUUAAGGGUUGUGAAAACAUGAGGCUUAUUUGCGUUCCAGCCUUUAGCUUGUAACACUGACUUAUGAGGCACUCAGCAGGGUCCCCUAGCCUGGGCGACUCUAAACAUGGAGGUAAUUUAAUAUUUUCAUCAUGUAAUAGUGCUACUCGCUGCAGUGCAGCUCGAAUUGGCAACGUGCAAAAAUGUUGAAUUUAUAAGCGAGAUGUGUAGCUGUUACAUGGGUCUGUGUUCUCUAGGACAUGACUUUAAACAGACCGUUUGGGGUGGGAGGAUUGAAAGAGUUGGAUGUUCACAUUGGAAAAAGGAAAAAUGGACAAAAAAAACACAACUGGAUGCCAAGACUUCUAAACGAUGGACUGACAUAAUGUAGCGGCAGAGACAUGCAGUGCAUCGUGAGUCAGCAGGCUUUUUUGUAACAAGACCAUGUUCUUGAGAUGCUGCACAGACUUAACAGAAGAAUCUAAACCUUUGCAGUGUGGGCUGCACUUAAGUUUGAACUUUAGUUCAAGGGUUGGGCAAUAAUACGGGCUGCACAUGUUCUUGGGAGCACUUCCUCGGUUAGGGCAGAGGUGUAUAGACCGAAGGGGAGAUUUUUGUUUUUUGUUUUUUUUUUUUUUGUUUUUUUUGUUUUGAGGAAGUAUUGUGGUCGGGAUAAGGGUAUUUAACGUGGGAUGGGUAUCUGGGAAAUUCAUGGGUGCUGAUAACCAAAUGAUUUCAUUUUCUUUUGCAGCAGAAUAUUUAUCCCCCUCCAAACACUAAUAGCCUUUUUUUUUUUUUUUUUUUUUUUUUUUUUUUUUUCUCCUUGUUUCUGGGGAUUGACAGGGGCUUGCUUGAGACACUUUAGCCCUUCUGCUGCUUUUUGAAUAAGUUAUGCAUUUUGACCCAUGAUGUUUUGAGGGUUGCCUCUUUAUGGGGUGGGUUGGAGGUUGGGAGGGAUACAGUUUUGCCUUUUGUGAUUAUUGGCACAGAAUUUACUUAAUUUUACGUUGGAGUUUAAUAUCAACAACGUCCCCGUUAGAAGGUCAAAACAGGUGAGAUGUUUUUUUUUUUUAAAUGGAUUGGCUUUGUCUACUGUGGCAUGUUGCUGUUACUUUUCCCUGAUACAAUUCAAAUUAGUUCUGUGUGAUUACCAAAUUAUGAGCAAAAAUUAUUUAUCCCAUAUUGUAGAACAUGCAACCUUUUCCCAGUGACAUUUGCUGAAUCCAAGCUUGUAUUCUCUUCUCUAUAGCGCAUAUCCCUUGGUGUGCACAUCACCAGUCUAAUCUGUUUUGGUUUGUUGUAGGGAUUUUAAACAUCUACCCAUAGAGAGGAGUAUAUGAGUUACUGGGCUUUUUGGCAGCAGCCCGGUGUUUUUCAGUAACCACUUGCCGUGAAAAUCACGGUUCGUUCCUGAGAUGCUGUAAAGCAGCAUGUGAUUGGAUGUGCU